AUGGAUCAUCAUUAUAAGAUACAUGAGGCUUUUGGGCCUCAUCCGCCCGCGAAACAGUUUGUGUUGUGUUUUGAUGGUACGGGGAAUAAGUUUGCUGGUGAUGGAUCGGAUACGAAUCUCUUGAAGAUUUAUCGUAUGCUCGACCGGAGUCAAAGCCACCAGUACCAUUACUAUCAACCGGGAAUCGGAACCUACGUGACAUCCCAUAAUCUUACUAGCAGAGGACGUCUCGAGCGUAUCAAGUCCUCAUACAAGAAAGCUAUGGAUGCUGCAUUGGGUUCCUCGUUCGAUGAGCACGUCUUGGGAGGCUACAAAUUCUUAAUGCGAUACUAUGUCCCCGGCGAUAACAUCUAUUUCUUCGGCUUCAGUCGUGGCUCAUAUACCGCUCGAUUUUUAGCAGAGAUGCUCGACUUUGUGGGUCUCCUCCAACCAGGUAAUGAAGAGUUGAUUCGGUUUGCGUGGAAGACCUUCGCAAAGUGGCAGCAGCGGAAGGAUUCCUCGGAACACGAUAACGAGGAGAAACAUCGCCUUUUCAAUUUCAUGAAGGCUUUUCGAGAGACGUUUAGUCGACCGGUUGGUCGGAUUAAAUUUCUGGGACUCUUCGAUACUGUGAAUAGUGUUGCGAUGUUUGAGAAUGCUUGGAUGGAGAGGAACAGAUUUCCGUACACAGCUCAUAGUACGGCUCGGGUUAUUCGACAUGCUGUCUCCAUUGAUGAGCGUCGUGCGAAAUUUAGACAGGAUUUAAUUUCGGAGGCCUCUCAUUUACCAGGUCAUAAACACAGAUUAAAGCAUCUGCUUGACCAUGCGAAAUCGAGUGUACCGGAGAUUAUUCUGAACACACCGGAGAAUACCAAUGGAGUGGACAGACAUCAGCGACGUCAGUCACGGCAGGAAUCUGUUCACGAACAGCGUUACAGGGCUGUUUCACCACCUCCGAGACGAAAAACCAGUACUGAGGUACCAGAACACAGAAACCUUCUGCCUGAUGGAAUAUCACUUAAGAGUGGUGUCUCUAGAGCCUCGCUUCAGGUUCCAAACUUGGUUAUUCCCGGGACAGAAGAGGAGGAGGAUGAUGAGCAAGACAUUUCCGAAGUCUGGUUUCCAGGACAGCAUGGUGAUGUUGGUGGUGGCUGGAAACUAAACCCAGAGGACAAAUGGCCACUCAGUCAUAUUCCCUUAGCUUGGAUGGUGAAAGAAGCACAACUGGUAGGACUUGAAUUCGACAAAGAGAAACUCAAGCGCUUCAACUGCUACGAAGUAUCAGGAGAUGGAUCCAUUGAAAUCAAAGAUGCCACAGGUCCAAAUGGCAUUAAAGCAAGCAGCAAUAGUGAUCGACUUGUUGAGAACGAUGCCUUUAACACAACCUUGGCCAAAACCAUGGAUCAGGGAAUUGUUCACGAUUGUCUCACAUAUGGUGGAGGCGUUUCUUUCUUAUCAACGCUAUCGUGGCGACUGAUGGAAUAUCUUCCCAUUCGAAGAAUGGAUCUUCAGUCAGAUGGGUCUUGGAGACCAAUACGUUGGCCUUUGCCUUGUGGAGAGACACGCGAUAUCCCCGAUGAUGCCCAGAUUCAUGUUUCUGCUAUUCAUCGCAUGGAAAUUGAUCCGAGAUACCGACCUGGAAAUCUAAUCAUUGGAGGUGGAGGACGUGGUGUAAAGCGAGCGCCAGAGAAAUACGGCAUUGGAGAAUGGGAGAUCUGCAAGCAUGAGGGUGAUCUUGUUCGGCAAACUUAUAUUCGCAAGAAACCGGCAAGCCUAUGCCAAGAUGCCCUGGCAUCUACCGAGUAA